AAUUAAAUGUUCUGCAUUGAAUGAUAAUUAUAAAUGAUAAACAAGGUAAAGUGGUGAUAUGGCAACAUAAUUUACAACAGCGGGAUUUAUUUUAAAGCUAUUUAAGUAGUAAAGCUAUUUAUUUAAUUUACAAGUCUGAAAGAAACAGCUAGUCGCAAGAGAAAAACUCGAAAUAAUAAUAAUUAUUAAUUAACGGUCUUAAUAGUUAUUAGAAAUGUCUAAACUAAGUAUCUUUAUUAUCCUAAAAGCUAUUUUAAUAGUUUUAAUUGCGGUAAGAGUAGAUUCCAAUAAAUCUACGAAUGAUGUUAAUCCUUGCAUGUGUUUAACCACGAUGGAAUGGAUGCCAGUUUGUGGAACAGAUGGAAUUACUUAUGAUAGCAAGGGUUCAUUAGAAUGCAUAAAUGAAUGUUCUAAUACAAACGUUGAAGUUCAAUAUGUUGGAAAAUCUGUUUUUAAUGAGGCUUCUGACAAGAGUCUGUAUUCAACAGUAAUCGACGUUUUUAGAGGAGAAAAAUAUUGUAAACUCUGGUUAGCUGUGUAUGACUUUCACAUAUUGGAUGAAACUUCAGAUGAAUUGUAUUCCAUAGGAUCUCAGUAA